CUGAAAGCUACUCUGGCUGCAGGCCCCUCCCUCUGGGGAGGCAGGCAGGGCUCCUGCCUACAAGUGAGGAGUGGAGCAGGGUCCAGAGUGGAGCAGAGUACGGCAUGGAGCAGGGUCUGAGAGGAGCAGAGUACAGCGUGGACCAGAGUCCAGAGUGGAGCAGGGUCUGAGAGGAGCCGAGUACAGCCUGGAGCAGAGUACAAAGUGGAGCAGGGUCUGAGAGGAGCAGAGUACAGCGUGGAGCAGAGUACAAAGUGGAGCACGGUCUGAGAGGAAGCCCAGGAGCUCAGGCUUCCCUUCAGCUGCUGCCCUCCUCUAUCGUUCAUCCCAGGAGAACCCCAGCCCUCCACUGCUCGACUGUCUCCUCCUGAACAUCCUGGGCCUGGAUUCCAGUUUUACAAGGCUUCUGAGCAGGUUCUGAAGAAGAUUAAUGAUCAUAAGGCUUGUGAGAGCCCCGCGAAGUUCAGGCCCACGGACGUAGACCUUCAUACUGCAUAAAGUUGAAGGGAGAAGGAAGAACCAGAGGAACACCAGCCUAGAGAUCUGAGUUGAGACUAAGGAGCCUUCACCCAGACAGUAGAGAGCUGUGUAGAGAACAUCCCAUGUAUUCAGUCAUCAUGUGUGUACACAAGGUCUGGAAGGCUUUUAUACAUUUAGUAAACAUGGCAAAAUCUCUCAUCAGUGGAUGGCUUAUUCUCAAGAGUGAUAGUGAGCCAUCCUAUUCCAGCCAGAUCAUUUUCUCUCAAGAAGUCAGUGAGAAAAUUGAUAAAGCUGUGAAAGAGGGGAACCUGUUGAAUGUGAUCCAUGUGGUCAAUGAUAUAAUGCAGAGAAUGUGUGGAUACCAAGUAAGGAUUGCUGUGACUGGGGACUCUGGCAAUGGCAUGUCAUCCUUCAUCAAUGCCCUUAGGCUCAUUGGACAUGAGGAAGAGGAUUCAGCUCCCACUGGGGUGGUGAGGACCACCCAGAAACCAGCCUGUUACUCCUCCUCCAGCUUAUCCAAUGUGGACCUGUGGGACCUGCCUGGCACAGGGGUCACAGCCCAGAGCAUGGAGAACUACCUGGAGGAGAUGGAGUUUGACAAAUAUGACCUUAUCAUCAUCAUCGCUUCUGAGCAGUUCAGUUCAAACCAUGUGAAGCUGGCCAAAGCCAUGCAGAGGAUGAGAAAGAGGUUCUACGUCGUCUGGACAAAGCUGGACAGGGACCUCGGUACAAGUGCCCACUCAGAACCCCAGCUUAUGCGGAGUAUCCAGGAGAGUAUUCAGGAGAACCUCCAGAAGGAGAGGGUGAAGGUGCCACCAAUAUUCCUGGUAUCCAGCUUUGAGCCUUCAUCACAUGACUUCCCGAAGCUUAGAGACACACUGAAAAAAGACCUCUCAAACAUCAGGUAUGCAGAUUCCUUAGAGAUCCUCUCUGAAAUCUGUGACAAGAGCAUCGACAGGAAGGCGUUCUCUCUGAAAGAAGGUGUGCCCACAAAUCACCUGGAGACACCCGUGAGCCGAAUGUGUGACGCUGCUGACCUCGAGGAGAGUCUUGAGACCUACCAGAAGUCCUUUGGUGUGGAUGAUUGGUCACUUCAGCAGGUGGCUCAGAGGACAGGGACACUGGAGAUGGGCUACAGGGCCAUGAGGUUCCAGGACUUGCACAAGAUGGACUGGAGACUGAGACUCAUGAUGUGUUUUCCCGUGACCAUGUUCCUCAAGUGUCUAGCAUUCUCAUUGUGGUAUGGCUUGUGGAACUCUGUCGUCCGUGGCUUCAGACACCGGAGACUUCAGAUUGUCAUUGAACUAGUUGCUCGGGACACCAAGAUCUUCUUGAGGAGAGUCCUGAAGGACAGGACCCUCUCUCCUUAAGUCCACUGGGGAGGGUCUGGCUUACCAUCAAGUCAAAUUCAGGCUGCCUCAGGGUCUUCUUUUGGCUUAAGAACCUAGCUAUCCACUAGAAAUCAAAAACUACAGCCAUACAUUGUCAUAAGGCUUAAUAUUGUUAGAGGAGUUAAGAAAAUCGCACACCUUCCCACACUCAACUGUAUUAUCAUCUUCCUUCAAAGAACAAGUAUCCACCAAGAUAAUCAGCCUCGCUUUCCUGGUUCAGCACGUAGCUUUCAUGCUUUCGGUUUUCAUUGUCAUGCAUGUUUAAAUCAAAUGGUCUCCCUCCUGAGCCAUUAAAGUUGCCUUCAUUGCUA